CGAUCAAGUAUUUUUACAGUUCUAUCAAUGAUCAAAAUAAAAGAACAAGGAUAGGAUAAUUGAAGAAUUUCAAUUAUUUAUUUGGAAAAGUUGACUGAAGAUUGAUACAAGCAGUUAACAGCAGUGGCUAUGGAGUCGAAUGGUACUAACCAAACAUUAUUUGCAGUCGGGCAAUAUCCAGGACGAUGGGGAUUUUGGACACAGCAGAUUUUAACACCGAUUAUAGUCGUUGUUGGAAUUGCUGGAAAUCUUGCGUCGUUUUUAUUGAUGAAGACAAAGUCAUUCCGAAAGAAAUCUUACAGUCACUUCCUGUGUGCGCUGGCAGUAUUCGACAGCCUAUGUUUAAUAAAUCGGCAAAUAACAUUGAUUCAUGAGAUGAUGGUUGACAAUGAAAAAGAUGGCGUCUUUACGUAUUACAGCGACCUCUCGUGUCAAAUGUUUAGCUUUUACGAACACGUGUGUUACCUAAUGUCCUCUUGGCUUAUUGUUGGAAUGGCGGCUGAGCGAGUUGUAGCCAUGUGUUUUCCAUUUAAAAAGACAUUGAUCAGAACUCAAACAGGGGCUAUAGUGACAAUAAUAUCAACAUUCGUGGUCAUGUGUUUCACCCAAAUAUUCCGUUUUAUCAUGAUGAAAAAUAUCGGGGGAGUGUGCCAAGGCGAUACAUAUGAACACAUAGAGUACAUCAAACUUCAUAUUUAUUUUUACCAACUAACACUAGUACUCUGUCUUCCUUUUUUACUGGUUCUCGUAUGUAAUACGUCAGUCAUGUACCAGAUAUACCGCGUGCGAAAAGCAGCCGUCAAAUCAAGGUCACGUGUUGUAAUGAGAUCUCACAAAUCAACGCUAAUGUUAUUAGCCAUCGCAUUCACAUACCUCAUUACCAUGUUACCAUUGGUGUUAAUAUCAUUUAUUUGGAUGGUUGCCAUGGAAAACGCAGACGUAUCAAUGGUUAUCUCCCUUUAUCCUAUUCAACAGUGCGUGUCCGUUAUUUCCUAUUGUAACUAUGGUGUCAACUUUUUCAUUUAUAUUUUAUCUGGUCGAUCUUUCCGAUUGGAAUUAAGACGUAUCUUCUUGAAGGAACAACUUCAAACCACGUCAGCUACGAGAACUAGAGAGGAAUUUUUGCGACUGCAAUGAGAUAUAGAAUUUUAAAAUGUUUGACUUUUUUAACGAACUGCUAAACUAACAUA